GGUGAUAGUAUUUUUACGCCAGCUAAAGUUGAAGGAAAGAAAAAAGCAGUGAAGUGUAUUGGUUCGACAAAAUUUGAACAAUUCCGUACUACCGGGCAUGGAUGCAAUGCGUUAUUCACCAAUUCCGGCAAUUACUGUUCAGCAGAAGGUUUCUGUGACAAAACGACCGAUGCCGUCUUCAGUGGUGUACUAAAAGACGAAUGUCAUAAUGAAUCAUUCAAAAAUGUUUUCCGUUCAUCAGAUACAAAAUACUCUUCUUGCCCUGAAUGUUGCAAAGUAAUUCAAUCGUCUCCACCAAAAACAGAACAGCACGCAGUUAUUUCCACGAUAAAGGCGGAAGGCCAAGUUAACAAGGUAGUUGAAUCAAUGGUAAUGGCGAAUGGUGAUAGUGAAACGCGUAGCAAUAGCAAUCAAACAAGUGAUAGAACUUGCACUGAUGUUGAAAGGAUAUUGCACAACGAAUCAUACAGAAAACCAUUUCAGCAAUUUCUUGAGCAGCAAUUUUGUGCUGAAAAUAUUAAUUUUUAUAUGGCUGUGGAGGAUUAUCGUUCUAUUCCUGAUUCAGAUUUGGAAAAAAGAGUAGAAGUUGGCCGUGAGAUUUUUGAGCGAUAUUUUGCACCAAAUAGUAUAGAACCGGUGAAUAUUGAUAAUAGUACAAGCAAAAGCAUCAGAGAUGCAGUUAUGUCAGGAGACUUUACACCUCAACUUUAUGAUGUCGCACAAUAUCAGAUUUUUCAUUUGUUAAAAUAUGAUUGUUGGCCACGUUAUCUGCGUGCUGGUGGCAUAGCACCAACAUUCGAUGAUGGCGCCGAUGAAAUAUCCGGAACUCCAACGACAAGUGAAUUAACUUCUCGGAAGCGUCGCGGAGAUAAGAAGCGUAAGUCGUUAAUCUGGCAUGGUCUCAAGCCCAGAUUUUCACGAUGGAAAAAAGCUUGGUCAGAUGGCAGUGAUUCAUUGGAACAAAACUACGAUCAUGGUAGCUCACUGGUGCACGAGACAACUGAGCAAUACAUGUCACCUCGAUUUUCCAGAUCUCAUCCCAGUUCACGACGAUCUUUAACACAGGAACAGUUGGGUUCAUCAGGUUAUGCGGGAAGUAUGCGAGAUCCAUUGUUUGCUAGGUCUGACACUGAACUAAGAAUUGGAACACUAAGUAAACACGAUUCGCUGCGACAUCGUGGCUUCACUGUUACCGGGAAGCAACGUUUAUUGCUCACAGAGACGGCCCAUUCUGGUGCUCCACCACCAAGUACUUCUAGCUCAAGAGUUACUGAAGUAUGUACAAAGUUUUGCACAUUAAUGCUUAACGAUGCACCAUGUGUGGAACAAAUCGCUCUUCAUGAUCCAACGGAGUCAGUGGGCAAAUGGACAGCAACAGUUGCUGUUCAACGUGGUAUGGAUCCACGUGCUACCGAAGUUGUUGAUGCACAGUCGGGUGCAACGAUUGACCCAGCUCGACAAGCUAUCGAUGCAUUAAAUAAUCGAUGUGUACGUUUGUUACCUGUGCUACUUUUUGCCGCUGAAAUAAUGAUUCCGAAUGCUUCAAAUAAAACGGGUACAUCCACAAAUUCAAGAAUCGUACUAUUGCGAGCCCGACAUGGCCUUUCAUUGAAUGCUGUGUUAAGGCCAGUUUUGGCCAAGUAUUUAAUUGAUUAUGAUUCAUGUGUUGUUGUUCUUCCAAGCUCCUUCGAUGCUGUUAGCUGGCAGACAACUGUUGGUACAAUACGACAACGAUUUGUUUUAGUGAUGACUCAGCAAAAAUAUCAAGAAAGAAGGCAUUCACCGAAACGUGAAAUUGCAAAAGAAUUUCAUUCAACACAGUUUUCAACGCCAGCAAUGAAUUUACCAUUCUAUCAGCAUGGUGAUGUUGCGUUUGUUGAACUACCAGCUGAUUUCGAUUUACGUACGGGCAAGACAAAUGCAGCACGUUCUUAUUCUAAUGCUAAGACCGAUCACACGUCUGGCUUGUUGAAAUUUGUUCGAAAAGCGAGUCAUGCAGUAACAAAUCGUGAGCCAUCGUCAUCCGAUAAUACUGGAUCCUCAUCAUCAUCGCAUCAGCAUCAUGCAGCAUCACUGCAGCAACAACGUGGACACCAUUCUGGAAGUCAAAAUAAUUCUCAAUUAGCACCUUCCAGUUAUACUGAUGAAAUAAGGCGGAAAUCGUUAGGAACAUUUCAACGAACGCCCAGUACAGCUAUGGCUGAUAUUCCAUAUUGUGGUGAAGAUACUGCCGUUGAGAAUCUUAGGUUACCUGAAACUAUGAGAAGUACUGGUUCGAGAAAACAAAAUAAACGAGAACAUAUUGAUGGUAGAGAGAAGAUGUUUGAAAUUCCGGAAUUUUUGAGGAAGGAAACUACUCCGGAAAUGCGUGAUACAGACAAAAAAUUGACGCUGAUCGAUUCGAAUGCGCCCAAAAUUCCUACACUAUAUACGUCAACAGUUUCCAGUGAUAAAGACAUUUCGCCAGGUGACUGUAAGGGAAAUUUGGGAUGGCAGCGUGCAGAUUAUGUAUAG